AUGGUAAUGCAUGCCAGAAAACCGCAACGUUUGCUAAGUGAUGGCUAUCACCAGUCUCAUCAGUAUCAGAAUUCAAAAUAUGGUUCCUCUAAGCGGGAUUAUGAUCGGGAGAAUACUUCUCGAUCCACCAGCUAUGCUCGGGACCGAGACAAUUCACCUACCGGAGGAUCGUUAAAUGAUUCGCCUAGAGAUCGAGAAAGAGAACGUGAUCGUGACCGUGAAAGAGAACGAGAACGUGAUCGUGAUAGAUAUCAAUCGUCAGGAUACACAAUGAGUAAGCUACGCGAUAAGGAGCGGGAUCGUGAAUACAAAAAGGAUAAAUAUUCGGAUUGUUCCCGAUCCCCCAAAAGAGGUCGUAGUGAACGAGAUGUUGAUCAUCGUACGAUACACGAUAGGAGAUUUAAAAUGACGUCUUCGCUUUUGGAUAAACGUGGAAUAUCUAAUGAUGAUCGCGAGCGUGAAAGAGAACGUGAACGAAUUGAACGCGACAGAGAACGUGAACGCGAUCGCGAUCGUUUACGUGAACGGGAACGUGAUAGGGGAGGUAGUAGUAAUGCGACAACUGGCAAUGCUGCUAGCAGUAACAGCAUUGGUGUUCUUGGUAGUAUUUCUGCGACCAUAAUUGCCGGGGCUCUUAACAGUGGUAAUGUUGGUAGCAACAUGCUUAGCGCUUGUGCGAACAUUACUGCAGGGAAUGCAAACAGCAACGUAGGCGGAAGUAACAUUUCUGCCAAUAGUGUAAAUCAAAGCAGUGACCGAGACCGUGUAAGCCGUGUCGGAGAUUGGAGCGAACAUGUAAGCUCAUCUGGUAAGAAGUACUAUUAUAACUGCAAAACAGAAGUUUCACAAUGGGAAAAGCCGCGCGAAUGGAUUGAGAAAGAGAGUCGUGUGCUAGGCAAAGAUCAGCAGCGGGAUUAUCGCGAAAAGGAGCGAGAACGUGAGAAAGAGCGGGGAGGUGAACGUGAACGAGAUGAACGCUAUUCAUCGGCAAUUGUGAAUCGUUCGUCCGCUUUAGCUUAUGGAAAGCAUUCCGGCAGCAGUAGUAGUAGCAGUAGCAAAAAUAAUUCUCGAGGGCGAUGGCAACAUCAUGAAUCUUCACUAUCCUCUCAUAGAAGGCGAACUUUUGAGGACGAAACCCCGGAUAUGGAUAUUAGUCCUGGUGAUUCGACGCCUACGUCCGAAGCUAGUUACUCGCAUUCGAGUACACCUACAGCUGGUCUUACGCAAGUAGGGUCCCAGCAUUCACAGACAAACCAUAGUAUGGUGGGAGGUAAUACUAGUACUCAUACAUCAACGAUUGCUGUAACGAGUAGUGGAACACCGCUGUCUUCGUCUGUAGUUGCAUCGAACAACAACAACAUUAGUAACAAUAACAGCGUCCUAGCGGAGGGGGCAAACCACAAUCUACCGGUCCAUUUGCCAAGAAUGCUGGCAAAUUCUGCAGUAAGCCAAAUUGGAUUAACAAACAAUACACCGUUAACGUUAAAUCAACAACUACAACACAAUGCUACACCUUCAUCAAAUUCGUCAUCAUCAUCGUCAUCUGGCGCCAGUAUAUCAUCCCCGUCUUUGCAUCACACUGCUCAUAGUUCCGGUACUGCUUCUUCUGCAUUAUCUGGUGUACAAGCAUGCCCAGUGGAUGCAGGAUUGCUAAGUUCUAACACUCCGGGGCCGCCAUCAUCGAUAGCGCCUUCACUACAACAAAAUGUGUCACUUUCGUUAACACAGCAGCAGGGGUCUACACUUGUACAACAGAUGCCUCAGGCGCAACAGCAACCGCUAUAUUCUCAACAGUUAGUUCAAUCCUCCAUCCAGGUGUCGUCUGCAGGCAGUGGGACAUCCCUCAGUGUAACUACAUCGUUAGCAGGAUUGCCUAAAAUUCUGUCUCAAAUUACGGGCAACAAAGCUAUUGAACAUAACGACCUCAAUCCACAGAAAGCAUUGCAAACGAUUAAUAAUGCGUUAAUGAUGCAGUCUCGGCAGCAUAAUCCUGGCACCGUGCACGAUAUGAGCGGCAACAGUUCAACAUUGAUUAAUCUGAGAGAUCAUGCGUUACAGUCGCCAUUGUACAAUGUGUGUAAUCUAUCACAUCCUGUCCACGCGACUUCGCUUUCCAUUGGAUCUGGAACUCAUUUAAAUCAUAGUACACACCACAAUCACUCUUCUAAUAGUCACUGUAGCAAUCAAUCGAAUAUGAUGCACAAUAUUGGAUUAGUAGGAUGCAGCAGCGGUAAUGCAAUUCAUACAGGCGAUGGACCCCCCACACCUACACAGGAGUUAGAAUUACCGUUAGUAGAUCAUAGAAAAUUAGAUGGACUGGGGAGUACAGUAGUAACGACGACGACGACUAGUUCUGUGAGCAGUCUGCAAAGUGUCAUGGCAUCGUCUCAAUGCGGUCGAUCUCAGGGCCCAAAUCUAACGCCUAGUUUAGCAAAAUAUUUCCGAGCCGAUCUUAUUUCUCACGUUACUGGAUGGCCGUCAGAAAUAUUGGAAAAAACGAUUCAAAAACUUUCCGAAGAGGCACAUAUUUUAGGCGAUUUACAGUGCAGCAAAGUAUCCGCUGAAUUGAAAUGUGCCAGAAGUUUAGUUAGGAUAACCGAAAUUACUGCAACUCUGCAAGAACAAAAAAUAAUGUAUCUACGGCAGCAAAUCCGUAGACUAGAAGAAUCCAAAUCGGAAAACUCAUUCAUGUCAUCAGAUGAUCUAUAG